AUGAUAUUAGACGACGUUAAAGACUAUUUUGGCGAUAUGCCUCCAAAACGUGGACGACGAGGGGUCAGUGAUGUUGAUGAAGAUGACGACGAUUACAGACGCAAAAGGGACAGAAACAAUGAGGCAGUAAAAAAGAGCCGAUUUAAGUCAAAACAGAAGACACAGGAAACAUUCACAAGGGUCAGCAAUUUGAAAGCAGAGAACCAAGUUCUAGAAGAUAGAGUAAAGACCUUGACAAAAGAGUUACAAUUUUUGAAAGAACUCUUUUUAGCACAUGCAUCAAACACACAGAACUCUAAGUUUGAUGGAAUUGACCUACAGAAGCUUCUAGAAGAUAUUCCAGAUGAGAAGAAAUAA